CCCGAGUCUGACACCACAGUCUGCUUGCUGGUUUGAAGAUUCAGUCGCAAACCCCUUCCGGUUAGUAAGAGCUGAUACGUUCUAUACGAGUAGGGUUUUCUGCUUCGUCUUCUUCGCUCAGCGAUCACCCAUUUGGCGUUCAAUCACCGUUCGAAAAUGAGCCGCCAUCCUGAAGUUCUUUGGGCUCAGCGCUCUGACAAGGUUUACCUGACUGUUGCUCUACCGGAUGCAAAAGAUGUAUCAGUUAAAUGUGAUCCUCAGGGUUUGUUUAGUUUCUCUGCUGUGGGGGUACAGGGCGAAUCCUUUCACUUCAGUUUGGAACUUUAUGGAAAAGUCAAACCUGAGGGUUGUAAGACUAAUGUUGGGUUAAGGAACAUAAUAUGCUCAAUCCAGAAAGAAGAGAAGGGUUGGUGGAAAAGACUGCUCAAGACAGAAGAGAAACCGGCACCUUAUAUCAAGGUUGACUGGAACAAAUGGUGCGAUGAAGAUGAUGAAGAGUCCAAUUCUGACUGGGCCGCUGAUGGAGAUGCUGCUGAGGACAUCAAUCAGGAGGAGGGAAGCAGUGAUGACGAAGGAAUGCUUUAUCUUCCUGAUUUGGAAAAGGCAAGAGGAAAGUAGUGACUAUUACUUACAAAUGGUAACGCAGAUAUAAAUCCUAGAUAGGUGAGAGACAAGGUUUCACUAGGCACUGCUCGGCUGCAGUCUGUAAGUAUUACAGUCCUUAAAAGUCUCGACUCUAAUGGUUGUAAGCAUGUACAUCUUUCGUCUCGAUUAGCUUUGCUGAAGAUGUUUCUUAGUGUUUCCAGGCAUUCAUUUUGCUUGUUUACCACUAUUAUGAUAUUACAUAUUACAAUCCGAUUAGAGGAUAUCUCAAUCGGGGAAGAAAACGGGGAAAUCCCAUAUGA